AUGAAAUGGGUACCAAGAGGAUCAAGAAGACCUAUGUCCCUAACCUAACUCUAAAGCUUCUCUUCUUCCUCCUUCUCUCCCUCUCUCUCUCCCUUCUACUCCUUAGACUCUUCUCCUCAGUUCUCUUGUUAAACACUCCUCAAGAUCACAUCAAGUGUCUUCAACUACAAGAUGAUCAUCCAAAGAUCCUCCUCAUCUCGCCGCCAAUCGUCAAUUACAACCCAAAUCAAUCCCCACCAUCACCGCCGCCGCCGCCGCCGCCGCCGCCGCCACAGCUAAUGCUACUCGUUCAUGAAGUACUACUCAAAGAGAAAGCAGAGAAAACCAAGAUUGGAUUGAUUAACUUUAGUGAAAGAGAAAGAGAAGCAUGGGAUCAACUGGGUGAGACGAGUUUAAUAAGUUUUGAUCGAGUGAAAGAGGAGGUAAGAUGGGAAGACUUGUUCCCUGAAUGGAUCAAUGAAGAGAGAUGGCCAUUACCAAGAUGCCCGGAAAUCCCGAUGCCGGCGUUCGAAAAGUACGGUGAAUUAGACAUGGUGGUGUCCAAGGUUCCCUGUGGAAGCAUAGAGGAGAUCAAGAAAGGGGUAAGGGAUGUGGUAAGGCUGCAAGUGAAUCUAGUGGUUGCUAAUUUGGUCGUGAGGAAUGGUCGGAGGAGAGACGAGGGUGGUGGUGACCGGCCGGUGUACGUCGUGUUUAUCGGAUCUUGUGAGCCUAUGUGGGAGAUAUUCAGGUGUGAUGAUCUGUUGAGACAUGAAGGAGACUUAUGGAUUUACAAACCAGAGUUGAAGAAAUUGAAAGAGAAGGUGGAAAUGCCUGUGGGGACUUGUCGACUUGCUAUACCUUACGUCAAACAAGGUGAUGGAAGAAUAAGGUAUGAGUUCUCUAAACUUAGGAAUCUCAUAGAUCAACCAAGAGAAGCCUAUGGAACAAUUCUCCAUUCUUCAGAGGCAUAUGUCUGUGGUGCCAUAGCACUAGCCCAAAGCAUAAUUUUAACCAAAUCCACCAAAGAUCUAGUCCUACUUGCAGACAAAUCCAUAACCAAGAAAAGCAAGCAAGCCCUCACAGCUGCGGGAUGGAAGAUCAAGCUCAUCGAACGAAUUCAAAACCCAUAUGCAGAGAAAGAUGCUUACAAUGAAUGGAACUAUAGUAAGCUAAGAAUGUGGCAACUUACAGAGUAUGAUAAGGUCAUCUUCAUAGAUUCUGAUCUUAUUGUACUCAAGAACAUGGAUAAUUUCUUUGCGAAUUCACAAUUAUCCGCCAUUGGCAAUGACAACAUACUAUUCAACUCUGGUGUAAUGUUGAUAGAACCCUCACAAUGUAUGUUUGAGAUGCUAAUGAAGAAGAGACAUACCAUGGUUUCUUAUAAUGGAGGAGACCAAGGCUUCCUUAAUGAAGCCUUUACAUGGUGGCAUCGUUGGCCUAAGACAUUGAAUUACCUAAAGAUUUUCGAUCAGGGAAAUGAGACCGAACGCGAAAUCCCUAAAUCUGUAUUUGCCAUUCACUAUUUAGGUUUGAAGCCAUGGAUGUGUUAUAGAGACUAUGAUUGCAAUUGGGAUGUCUUGGAUCACCAUGUUUAUGGUAGUGACUUAGCUCACAAGAGGUGGUGGCAAGUCUAUGAUGCCAUACCCAAGAGAUUGCGAGGAUUUUGUGGUCUCUCUAGAUUCAUGGAUUCAAGUCUAAGGGUGCAAAGAGCUUGGGCAAAGAAUGCCAAGUUGCCUGAUGGACAUUGGAAGAUCAAGGUAAGGGAUCCGCGGCAACACCACCGAUGAUCUUAUGAUAAACUUGUCUUGUUAAUUCUAGUUUCUUGAGAUGGGUAUGGUGGUGAACUUGUAUACCACAAUAUGAAGAUUUAAUUUUGUUGUUGCAAAGUUGUUUAUUGACUAACAAAAGAGAAUGGCUUUAAAGAAAGGAGGAGGGGGAAGUCUGUUCACUACUUGGGGUGUCA